CUCCCCCGCGCGCCCUCCCUCGCCGCCUCCUCCCGCCGCCUCCGGCCCCCCCUCGCCGGGGACCGAGCGCGCUCGCUCCGGCGCCGGCCUCGCCUCCUCGCAGCAGCGCCAUGGAUGAGUUCCACCCGUUCAUCGAGGCGCUGUUGCCUCACGUCCGCGCCUUCGCCUACACCUGGUUCAACCUGCAGGCGCGGAAGCGCAAGUACUUCAAGAAGCACGAGAAGCGGAUGUCGAAGGACGAGGAGCGCGCGGUGAAGGACGAGCUGCUGGGCGAGAAGGCCGAGGUCAAGCAGAAAUGGGCGUCGCGGCUGCUGGCCAAGCUGCGCAAGGACAUCCGGCCCGAGUGCCGCGAGGACUUCGUGCUGGCCAUCACCGGCAAGAAGGCGCCGGGCUGCGUGCUCUCCAACCCCGACCAGAAGGGCAAGAUGCGCCGCAUCGACUGCCUGCGCCAGGCCGACAAGGUGUGGCGGCUGGACCUGGUCAUGGUCAUCCUCUUCAAGGGCAUCCCGCUGGAGAGCACCGACGGCGAGCGCCUGGUCAAGGCGGCGCAGUGCGGCCACCCGGUGCUCUGCGUGCAGCCGCACCACAUCGGCGUGGCGGUCAAGGAGCUCGACCUCUACCUGGCCUACUUCGUGCGUGAGCGAGAUGCAGAGCAAAGCGGCAGUCCCCGGGCGGGGAUGGGCUCCGACCAGGAGGACAGCAAGCCCAUCACACUGGACACCACCGACUUCCAGGAGAGCUUCGUCACCUCCGGUGUGUUCAGCGUCACUGAGCUCAUCCAAGUGUCCCGGACACCUGUGGUGACUGGAACAGGACCCAACUUCUCCCUGGGGGAGCUGCAGGGACACCUGGCGUAUGACCUAAAUCCAGCCAGCACCGGCAUGAGAAGAACGCUACCCAGCACAUCCUCCAGCGGGAGCAAGCGGCACAAAUCGGGCUCGAUGGAGGAAGACGUGGACACGAGCCCCGGCGGUGAUUACUACACCUCGCCCAGCUCUCCCACGAGUAGCAGCCGCAACUGGACGGAGGACAUGGAAGGAGGCAUCUCAUCCCCGGUGAAGAAAACAGAGAUGGACAAGUCCCCUUUCAACAGUCCGUCUCCCCAGGACUCGCCCCGCCUCUCCAGCUUCACCCAGCACCACCGGCCCGUCAUCGCCGUGCACAGUGGGAUCGCCCGGAGCCCUCACCCGUCCUCGGCCCUGCACUUCCCCACCACGUCCAUCCUGCCCCAGACGGCCUCCACCUACUUCCCGCACACGGCCAUCCGCUACCCACCUCACCUCAACCCCCAGGACCCGCUCAAAGAUCUUGUCUCACUGGCCUGCGAUCCGGCCAGUCAGCAACCUGGACCGUUAAAUGGAAGUGGCCAGCUCAAAAUGUCCAGUCACUGCCUUUCUGCUCAGAUGCUGGCACCCCCGCCCCCCGGGCUGCCGCGGCUGGCGCUCCCCCCCGCCACCAAACCCACCUCCGAGGGAGGAAGCUCGUCGCCGACCUCGCCCUCCUACUCUACGCCCGGCACGUCCCCUGCAAACCGUUCCUUUGUGGGAUUAGGACCAAGGGAUCCAACGGGCAUUUAUCAGGCACAGUCCUGGUAUCUGGGAUAAGAAAGAUUUCUUCCCACGCCCUGCUCCUUCGUCCAGGGAAUCGCGGGGAGCCGCACAGCCGGCCCCCGGCCCACGUUUUCGGUGGCAAGCUAGAGCAAGCAAGAACACCCCGCUGACUCCCAGCCCGGCCGAAAGACAAAACACACAGACACAUAACACACAGGAGGAAAAAAAAAAAAA